UCUAUGGCAUUGAUAAACUCUGUUUCACAAUGAAUGACCCGUUUCAACAAGGCAUAGACAAGAAACAGACUUUUAACAGACGGGUUUUUAACAGACUGUGUGCUUCCAUGCAAAUUAGCCCCCCCUCGCUCCGAGAGGGCGUUUGGUUCCUUCCAGCUACCGUGCGAUCAAUUAAACGGUGAGGAUCGUGGAGUAGUCGGCAGCGGCUGGGGGAGUUCUGACCGUACUAUAAGGUGGUUUGACUACUUCACAGAAGACUGAUGCCAGCCUCUGUUGAGUCUUUUGCCUCUUGUCAUCUGAAGGAGGGGUCAACGUCAGACAGCAGAGACGCACCGUGCAGUCAAGAAGGAAGUUCAGUAUAGGAGAGGAGGCUGUCGCUGGAUUCAUACGGUGAAACUUUCUUUUGCCGAACCAAAAAUUAAGUGGGCAAAUAAUGAGUCGUCUGCUGCUGAGUGACUGAGUGGCUUUCUCCCCCCACCCCGAUGGAUCACACUUCCCAGCAGCCCCCACUGAGUCUCACCACUGCCUCUGCCUCCUGCUGAAUGUUGGAGAGCCUAGGAUGGAAUACCAAGCAAGUGAUGCUCUGAGGCAAUCAAACAACACUGUCGACCUCCAUUACCUUACCUCCCCUGAACGCACCAACACCUGCUCCGCUGCCGCCUCCUCUCAGACAGGGACCGCAGCCACUAGUUGAUCCCAUUCCAGGAUGUUUCUGAAUUUCCGCCGUGUUCGAAAAUGCCAGUUGGUGCAGGUGAUGACCACCUGCCUUGUGCUCUCUGUGGUGAUGGUCUGCUGGCAGCAGCUGGACAACGGCGUCGUCAGCCACGUCAAAUCCUAUUCCUAUCGCUACCUGGUCAACCGGUUCACCUACAUCAACGAGAGCCUCACCAUCCCCCGAAAGCAAGCCAGAAUGUUCAGCAACUUCCAGUACCUUAUGGACCACCCCAAUAAAUGCGUCGGGAAAGAUGUUCUCCUCCUCCUCUUUGUCAAAACGUCGCCAGAGAACAUUGAAAGGCGAACGGCCAUCAGGUCCACCUGGGGGAACGAGACCUACAUCCAAAAUACCCUGGGGGUGACGGUCAAGGUGGUGUUCGUUCUGGGAGCAGUUCAGACCAAGGAGACGGAGCCUCUGUGGAGCAAGAGGAGUGGCGUUGGUUUUCAGGAUCAGCUCAUCCAGGAGAAUCGUCUCCACGGCGACUUGAUCCAGCAAGACUUUUUAGACUCCUUCCACAACCUGACCCUGAAGCUGAUCAUGCAGUUCCACUGGAUGCACAGCCGCUGCCCACACGCCCGCUUCCUCAUGACCGCUGACGACGACAUCUUCGUCCACAUGCCCAACCUGGUGAGCUACCUGCAGGACGUGAGUAGCAGAGGUGUUAAAGACUUCUGGAUCGGUCGAGUGCACAGAGGCGCGCCACCCAUCCGCGACAAGGAGAGCAAAUACUACGUUUCCUAUGAGAUGUACCCCUGGGUGACCUACCCAGACUACACAGCUGGGGCUGCGUAUGUUGUCUCCAGUGACGUCGCGGAGAAAAUCUACCACGCCACGCUGACGCUGAACGCAUCCAUUUACAUAGACGAUGUGUUCAUGGGCAUCUGCGCCAACACCGUGGGUGUGUCACCACAGGAGCACACUUAUUUCUCAGGAGAGGGCAAGGCGCCGUAUCACCCAUGUAUCUACGCAAAGAUGAUGACAUCACAUGGACACAUAGAAGACAUUCACGCCGUUUGGAAGGCAGCAACGCACCCUCAGGUGAAGCAGCAGGUCUCCGGAUUCUUAGGGGAUCUGUACUGCACCGCUGUGAAAAUGGCUCUGCUUUGUAAACCCUACUAUUUCAACACCUACCCCUGCAAAGCAGCUUUUUCCUAGUAUUACUCAACACUUUGUGCGUAUCAUCAGACUGUGAGUGCGAAUGUGUCACACUGUAGAUCAUGAGCACAUGCUGAGAAUAUUACCUCGGUCCUUUCAGUCGGACAGUCACGUUGAAGUGUUGUGUUCGAGAACCGGCGAUUUGUGUCACUGUGGGUGUGAGAUCAGUGUGUUUAGAGUUCAAACAAUAGAUUCUCAUUCACAGCACAGUGUUUCAAAAGUCCUUCAAUGUUCACACAUCGCCGCAAUUAAAACUCAGUAGUGGUGCAAAUGACAAGACAACAUCCUCAUUGUCCUACUGUGAAAUGUGAGGCUUAAAUAAACGAGCCAUGGUUAUUAAAAUUGACUGACUUAUCUGUGAAAACGGAAGUGAUUCAUUUGGGUGAUGACAAUGAUGUGUGAAACAGCUAAUCGAACAGACCUGUGACGCUUCCUCUCUACUUUUGCACUGGGGAAAAAAAAAGAAAAGACAUUUGACUCACAUUUGUAAAAAUGUGUGUUAUUUGUUUUUCGUUUGGGUUUUUUUUAAAUCAGAAUGAAGACUGCACUCUGUUGCUGGUGAAGAACUUGAGAGUUUGUGUAAAAGGGAAACAAGGUCUGAGGAAACCUCAAGCCAGCCUUUUGAAGUACUGAAAGGUUUGUUUCCCCUGCUUUGCAUUUCUCCAAAGUGCUUGCGUGGGUUUUUCGCGCCAUACUAAAGAUAUUCAGGUCAGGUGGUUUGUAAACCCUUUGUGUGCCCCCUGUUCAGUACAUAUCUGUGGGACUGAGGCAUAGCGGCACAUAGUAAUUCAUGUAUCUCACUUCAACAGAUACAACAGUGUCAUAUCAUCACAAAGAUUGGCAAUCAAGCCAAACCUGGUGCAAGUUUUAAAGAGUUGUAGCAGUGACUCAGCGUUGUCUGAUACAAUUUGACAUAUAUGGGGAAAAAAACUUAUUUGCUCGUUUUAAAAAAACAACAACAACAAAUUUCCCUGGAUGUAUAAUGUGGAUGAUAAAUGUGGCCAGCAUGUAAGAAACGAGUUAAUGGAAAAUCCUACCAGCAGCAGACUUUUGCACUUUGACUGCAUAUUUCAAAAAAGGUGAUAUGAAUCUAAAGAUGAUGUUCGCUCAUAAACAUCUCCAGAGCAUAUUUUACUAUCACUCUGCUGUCUGGUUUGUGCUUGUGUGAAAAACAAAGUGAAACUUCAAAACUUCAACUCUCACUCUUUAUGUAAAAAGUUUAAUGAAUUAAAUUGAUUGAAUUGAAUGAAUUAAAUUACAUUUUUUUUUU